GUAACCAGAUGAGAUGCCGAUCUAGAUAUCCAUACUCCACACUGCGCAUGAUAAGGAAUGACAGGUCACAUGACCUUUCAGGUGAUCGCGCACAGGAUGUGGCUUGUACAAUGCGCCACACUGACAUGACAUUAUGUAUAGCGGUCAUUACGUCAUCCCGGGCCGCGAAAUGUCAAUUCGAUUUGUUGUUGUUUGCUUUGCUGCCCGCCUCCCUCAUUUCGAUCGUCAUGUUGAUUUCUUGGUGUUUUCAUUCAGCUGUUUGUUUGUUUGCUUGCAGCCGUCGUACCCUCCCUCCCUCGCUUGCCUGAACCGCCUCGGGUCGGCUCCCUGCAAUGUCGUUCCUCCUGCCAGGUUGGCGUUAUCGCCAAUCCCAAAAGCUCCUCAACAUGUCUCCCGUUCCACCCGUUUGAACACAUCUUCAUCGCGAUGCCGCCUAUCACCCGCAGCCAGGCCAGCAGCCUCUCGUCGCCAUCAGCAUCGUCAUCAUCGUCAUCAUUAUCAUCGCCACCUCACAGCCAAAUCCAUCAUGGCCGGAGCACCCACGCCAGCAACGACGCCAGCAACGACGCCGACGUCGACUACACCCUCGUGCCCCACGCAACCCAGCUCAACCUUCCGCUUGUCCUUCCACCACCCGUCGGCCGCCAGCUGCUCUCUCUCUGCUUCCACUCGUCGUGGCGCGCCCGCCGCCGUCUGCGCAUCCACUUCGUCAGCACCGACCUUCUUCUCGAUGACGCCCCCGACUCGCCCGACAUCUCAGACCCCGAAUCCGACCCCGAAUCCGACCCGGAACACUGUCAUGAUUUCCUCACCGUUGUGAACUACGACCCCAUCGCCGUCCACUCGCCCUCGCCCUCGCCCCCGCCCUCCACCGCCUCCCCGCCUGCUGCUGCUCUGUUCCCCCCCAUCCUCCUUCUCACCCUUGCCACCCUCGUCCUUCUCGCCGUUGAUUCCUUCGCCUCCAUCCGACCCUACACUUGCCCUCUGCUGCGCAACCGCCGUCAAUGCCCCAUGCCAUUCUCGACGGAUUCAUCAGCCUCCAACCGUUAUUGUACCAUCACAGCAUCAAGAACGGCGGCGGCAGCAGCAGCAGCAGCAACAACAUGGUCAACAUCAUCAUCAACCACCAUCACCCUUCGCAACCUCACCGCUGUCGUCCUUCCCUACGCGCAACUCGUUCGCCUCCUCGACCGUCCAAACGCCGUGCUCCCUGCGGUCCAGCGCGAGUUCUCCGAACUCUGUCUCACCGCCUGGGCCCUACCUCAUAUCGAGUCCGAGCCGUGCUAUCGGAUCGUCGACCUCCUCGACAAGGCCAACAUGCACUUGUCGCGGCUGCUCGUGGGCAUGCACACACGAGGCCCCGGGAAUCCAGUCUCUGCCCUAAAAGACACCAUCGUCCUCAUGGCCUAUGGCGUCUACCAGCGGCGGCAGCAGCAGCAGCAGCAGCAGCAAGACCACUUCAACGGUGAUGCUGACCAUGACACAAACGGCGACGGUGGUGGCGGUGUUUGGAACAGGACAGCCGAGGGCGUCUUCCACGCCGUCAUUUCCCAGGUGCCCAACUGGUGGGACGACCACAACGCGCUCGCUGUGCCCUUGCGAACCGUGUUGGAAUCGCUUCGCGAGGCGCGCAGUCUCGAGGACGGCGUGAGCACUGUGUUCAAGUCGGCCAUUAGCAAUGCGGAUCCCAAAACAUUCCCUGGCGAGGACGUGCUUUACGCACUUGACCAUCUCUUCGACCCCCUCCUUGCACGUCGCGAUACUCUCCUCCAUACUCUAGAAUCUGCUGUAGGACGCCUUGACGAGGCUGCACAGCAGAUGCACACGUUCAAUUCAACGCUAUACGAGCUGCGCGGGGAGGCCCUGGCAGGGAAGAAGCCACGGAGGUUUGAGGACUUUGACGCGCUGCUGUCGAGGCUGUCGAACGCCGUCCGAGUCUUGGGCCACGCAAUGGAAGCGGUAGAGGUUAGGGAGAGGCGGGAUACAAGGCGGUUGGAGGAAGAGAGGGCCGCGCUGGAGGCCGUAGAGGAGUCAAGGCCGCGGCACCGAAGGGUGAGGGAACGGGCCAGUGUGCGUGAGCGCCAGCAGCCGCGAUGGCUCUGGUGGUGACGUACAUAGGCUUCCCUUUGGAAUGCUGGCUGGGCAUGUCGGUGAAGGGAGAUGGCCCAUUCGGGUGGGUUGACGACAAACGGAGGCCGGGUCAUUCAUCAGCAGCCUAGCGCACCACACCUGUGGAGUCCUUCUAGCGCACGUGACGCGUAAAGACCAAAAUGGUCUUUACGCCCCACUGAAUUAGGUAGGGACGAAACUCCAAACCACUGGGGAAGCAGGAGAAGUACUGUGUACAUGCCACC